AAAUUACGGACCUUUUUUUUUCCGAAAACCCCUCGAAAAAUCUUUAUUUAUAAAAAGGUCCCCUGUCGUCUCUUCUUCCCAUCCAUUCCCACAAAUCCACUUGGAAAACUCCUCCUCCUCCUUUGAAUCCAAGCAGCGGAUGAGUUCUAGGCUCUCAUGGGUUCAAGAGUGCCUCCUCUGGGCAUUCCUAUAGAUGCUUCAGAUACUGUACUUGAGAGACUUGUUUUGGAGGAGACAGGUAAAGCCGUUCUAAGUGGUGAAAGAAGUAGUUUGCUGGGUCGUGAGCAGAAUGGAGGAGCAAGUCCAGGAUCAAGUCCUAUAAAUGUUGCAAGAAGAGAAAUUUUUAGCAGGUCAAUUUCUGGUUCAAAGUCUCUGAGCAAUGAUGACAUUGAUUUGGAGGAUGGUAAGGCAGCAAAGGACAGAGACAAGAAUUCACGCAAUUAUAAGUCUCUAAAGAUCCAAAACCAAGCUAUUCUAUCGGGACUUGCCUAUUGCCUAUCAUCAUGCAGCAUGAUACUUGUGAACAAAUUUGUGCUGUCAAGCUAUGGUUUUAAUGCUGGAAUUAGUCUGAUGCUUUACCAGAAUUUUGUGUCAGUGAUUAUAGUCUCCAUUUUGAGUUUGUUUGGCGUAAUCUCCACUGAGCCACUUACAUGGAGAUUAAUUAAGGUCUGGCUGCCAGUGAAUGUUAUAUUUGUCGGGAUGCUUAUCACAAGCAUGUUCAGUUUGAAAUACAUUAACGUCGCCAUGGUAACUGUGCUGAAAAAUGUUACCAAUGUCAUUACUGCGAUAGGAGAAGUAUAUCUUUUCAAGAAGCAACAUGACAACAAAGUCUGGGCUGCUUUAUUUUUAAUGAUAAUCUCAGCGGUUUCAGGCGGAAUAACAGAUCUGUCCUUCCAUGCGGUUGGGUAUGCUUGGCAGAUUGUCAAUUGCUUUCUGACUGCAUCAUAUUCGUUAACAUUAAGACGGGUCAUGGAUACAGCUAAGCAAGUUACAAAAUCCGGCAAUUUGAACGAGUUUUCCAUGGUCUUACUCAACAACAGUCUCUCAUUGCCUUUGGGGGUUCUGCUUGUUAUUUUAUUCAAUGAAGUGGAUUACCUCACCAGAACGCCACUUUUGAAAAUGCCUAUGUUCUGGCUGGUGAUGACUUUGAGUGGUGUUCUCGGCCUAGCAAUUAGUUUCACGUCAAUGUGGUUCCUUCAUCAGACAGGUGCAACAACAUAUAGCUUGGUGGGUUCAUUAAACAAGAUACCUCUCUCAAUUGCUGGAAUUCUCUUGUUCAAAGUUCCUACAAGUCCGGAAAACUUCUUCAGCAUACUUUUCGGUCUUCUGGCCGGUGUCUUCUUCGCCAAAGCGAAGCUCCGGGAAAGAUCUCAAUCUUAAGUAGCAAUGAGGCUCAAAAUUGUCACUGAAUUGAUUCACAGUUUAGAUGAAACAAAUUGAUUGAAAAGCAGAGGAUUCAUCUACAAAAGAACAACUUUUUUUUUUUUGGUGCCAAGAUUGACAAGAUACUGUUCAUCUUUACUGUGAGUUACUUUUGAAUUCCAUUUUGGAACUAAUUUGAGUCUCUUGUCAUUGUCUGAUAGAAUCACACUCUAUUUAAAAGAAUGUUGUAUUAACAAUGCUGGAAUUGGAGCAAUGUGAUUUUUUUCCUUCA